AUGUAAUUAACCAUCACACGAAAUACAUGGAACAUACAAACAAUGUGACAGAGUUCGUUUUACUGGGGCUCACAGAUAAUCCAAAGAUGCAGAAAAUCAUAUUUGCUGUGUUUUUUGUCAUCUACAUCAUCACUGUGGUAGGAAAUGUGCUCAUUGUGGUCACAAUCACUGCCAGCCCUUCCCUGAGGUCCCCCAUGUACUUUUUUCUGGCUUAUCUGUCCUUUAUUGAUGCCUGCUAUUCCUCUGUCAAUACCCCUAAACUGAUCACGGAUUCACUCCAUGAAAAGAAGACCAUCCUGUUCAAUGGAUGUAUGACUCAAGUCUUUGGAGAACAUUUCUUUGGAGGUGCAGAGGGCAUCUUACUUACCGUGAUGGCCUAUGACCGCUAUGUGGCCAUCUGCAAGCCCUUGCACUACACCACCAUCAUGAACCGGCGUGUGUGUGGCCUUCUAGUAGGAGUGGUGUGGGUGGGAGGCUUUCUUCAUGCCACCAUACAGAUCCUCUUCAUCUUCCAAUUGCCCUUCUGUGGCCCGAAUGUCAUCGAUCACUUUAUGUGUGAUCUGAAUCCUUUGCUCAAUCUUGCCUGCACUGAUACCCACACUCUGGGGCUCUUCGUUGCUGCUAAUAGUGGGUUCAUCUGCCUGCUGAACUUCCUCCUCCUGCUGGUCUCCUAUGUGGUCAUCCUGCGCUCCCUAAGGACCCACACCUCAGAAGAGAGGCACAAAGCCCUCUCCACCUGUGUCUCCCACAUCACUGUGGUGGUCUUAUUCUUUGUGCCCUGCAUAUUUGUGUACAUGAGACCUGCAGCCACUUUAUCUAUUGAUAAAGCAGUUGCUAUCUUCUACACUAUGAUAACUCCCAUGUUAAACCCCUUAAUCUACACCUUGAGGAAUGCCCAGAUGAAAAAUGCCAUUAGGAAACUGUGUGUUAAAAAAGUUAUUUCGGGUGACAAAUAAAUGUGACUGGAGUCCAGGCAGAAUUGAUUCAAUUGAGGGAAGUGUCAAAAGAAUAUUUUG